CCAAGCGUGAAAAAAAACAUCUUCGUUAGCCAAUAGUGUUAAUAUUAGCCAGUUACAAAACAAACAUGAGUUUUCAUUCAUAUUAUGGAAUCAAAAGUGCAGAAACAAAUCGUUGACUACUUUUCGUACUUCGAAGAAUUCUACAAUUCAUCCAAAAGUAGUUUGAAAAUUUGCCAAAACUGCGCAAUUUCUAUAAAUAAACUAAUACAUCGGUGCCGGAGUAUUAAAGAGGCCCAAAUAUUUGGCACCCCAUUGGAAGAGUUUGGAGGACUCCAAAGUAAAUUGUUGUCGGCUUUGCAUAACCUAAUAUCUGAAGAAGUGGAAGAGAUACAAAGUCAAAGAUUGGUGCUUGAAGAGUUAUUUGAACAACUUUGUAACAAAAGCAGAGUACUGUUGGAAAGUUGCAAAGAAAUUGACUUCUCACAAAAAAUACCUCUAAUACUUGGAACUCCACUACAACCUCCAUUGGAGCAAAUACUGGAAUUUGUGACUGACACAAUAUCGUUUGGUGGUCAAAUUUGUGCCCAGAUUGAAACCUCAUUAAAUGUUAUAGCCUUUAAAGGUUUAAACACAACAUCUCUAGUUGAAAACUUUAAAAUUCCCACCGAUUGGCAGCGCAAAGUGCCCGAAAUUAUAGCUUUCACGUCCUUUUGCUCGAAAAACGAAAUUUAAAUAAAGCAAUGGAUCUACUGGGUUCAAUUUUGAACUCUAUGCAAAAACCCCCAUCAGCAAGCGAUGAACAGAAGAAAGCAAUAAAGAAGCAAAAAGAGGCCAUAGAACGUAAACAUGAGCAAGAGAAACAUAUUCUUAACAAGUUCUGCAGGCGAGUUGAAGAGAAAAUAAGCAAUUUUAUAAAGGACGGCACUAAACUGUCCCUACAGUUUGAACCGAUGGAUCAAAUGUACAGAUCUGUGAUCCGUGAUGUUGCUACGACGGCAGGAGCUCAGGUAUACUCCUUCGGUCAAGAAGGCGUAGACCGUUAUGCAGUUGUGUACUUGAAAGAAAAGGGUCCCUCCGAAGACGAGUUGAGCGUUCGUCGCGAAGGUGGUGUAUGGGACGACGAGAAAUCCGCAGAAAUGGCACAAAGACGCAUAGACAUGGUGAAACAGGCGGAGUUAGAUGAUCUAGAGGAAAAGUCCCGAAAACGCAAGCACGGUGCAGAUGAACUCAGCGGUACAUUCUAUAAGCAGAAGUACGCUCACUUAAUUGGCCAAGAGGCUGCCAUAGACGCGGCACAGAAAACGAAUAUGAACAAGAGUUACGGAGAGGUUCCCAGCGAGAAUAAAAAGGAUUCGCGGUCCAUAGAGCAAACCAUGGCUGAUAUUAAAGCUAAGAAGGUCAAAAAGGCUGAAACGGAUAGAGCCAAUGCUGACAGUGAGGGUAGUAUUGGUCACAGUGAGGGUAGUAAUGUCCAGGGUGCAGGUAGCAAUUGUUCACGGUGAGGUUAGUUAUAUUAAUGCUGUUGAUAGGCUUAGACUUCCUUUAAUAACUUAUCUCGGCUGUGAAUAUACACCAACAAUUGAUUAGAUAUUUCCAUUAGUAAAGUAAUAAAACUUUGUAUUAUACUUAUUUCCGUUUCACUAACCACGGACAUGGCAAUGCUUAAGUAACGCCUAAUCAAAGAAGAUACUUAGGCACUAUACCUUUCACCAAUCGAUUUUCACUAGGCAACUCUAAAGUCCGAAAUUAAAUUUUUUUUAUAGGCCUAUUUUGUAAAGUCAAGAAUGUUUGUUUGAAGUGACUCUACCACCGGUUCGUAGAAAAGAUUCCACCGAAAAUAGCCGGCAAGCAAACUCGGUACUUGCUCUUUUCCAACUUCUACGUUUACAUUAUAAUAUUGCCUAACUUGAUUAUUUUUCUUGCCUAAAGUGGUAUUUAUAUUAUCAUUUUUUAAUUUUUCUCAUGCAUAUAAGAUUAUUAAAAAAAAUGAAGUGAUAUAUUUUUUCAUCAGGUAAAUGUUAGUUUAGGAGUUCCUUAAAUAUUACGCACCGGCGAAUCGGCGUCGUAAAUUUAGAUGGCGCCUUACGCCGUUAGUCACUAUCUAAGAGUUGGUGAAGCGUUUUUUUUUCAAGCAUCAUUAGGCUUCCAAUUUGGGCAUUUCCUAGAUUUACUAAAAACGGGCAUUAGUCAUUUAAGGUAGGUAAUUUACAUAGUGCCUAAAGUAACAAUCAUGAAAUUAUCUUAUUAAAAUAUGCAUUAAAAAUGUCUGAGAGCAUAUAAACAUAAACUACCUAAUUUAGUACAUUUCAUUUUCUAGUAUAUUCAAUGAAAAUCUACAUUCUGAUUUCCUCAGAUUUUUUUGCUUUUAGUAAAUUAACUAAAAUGAUAGAUUAUCUAUGUAGCAAAAUAAUUAAGUGAAAUAAAAAUGGUAUUUUUAUCAAAUCAAGCAAUAAAUUCGUCAACGUAUUUAUCUAUAUUCUAUUCGCCGUCGCUGGAAUACUUGUUGCCCGGUGGCACUGGCUAUAGGAUACUUCCUUUUAAUUAAAUUUUUUUUUUCGUAUCGUCACUUAUUGUUUUUUCCUUCGUUUAACUUUUGAAUGCUAGACUAAAAUAAUUAAGUCACUGUGUUUAAAAUAGUUUGCUAUUAUCUACAAUUUUGUGAAAAUAUUACAUCUUUUCCACACGGGGAUAGGACAAAAUGUUUAUCUUCUCCCACAGUUUUAUCCACUCUCACGGGAGCAUGGCUGGAAAGAACAUACACGUGUUAUAUCAAACGGUGGUGAACUUCUCCUUUUCAUUGUUGCCGUGCUUUGACAGGUGGACCAGUAACUUUUAUCCCUUGUGAGUGCAUAUAAUUGGAGGACUAAAAUUUCGGUCUAUGUCUAUGCUAGGCUUGCUGAAGGCAAAAUUCAGUUUGGACACCUAGAUCAAGGGCUGAAAAAGUGGGAAUAUUGGAUAGAAGCAGGCGUUACUUUGCGGAAAUCCAUAUUAUAUCAUGAAAAUUAAGCUUAUAUGGUGUAAUUUAUAAUUUCUUGAAUCCCUAUACUCUACACCAAACAGAUCCUCGGCAAGCAAAUUAAGUUUAAUUUUCAUAAGGCCGAAAAAGUGACUACAAUUAAGUCAGUUAGUUUGUUAGCUGGAGAUUUUGCGUAGGCCCAAAAAUGAAUAUUCGCUCUUAUCUUCUAAUUUGAAAUGAAUGCCAUACUAUUAAGCUAUAAAUAAUGUAUGCAAUACAUAAGAAUUAGUUAUAUGUUUAAGUAUAAAGGGUGUUUUUUUUGGGGUAUCGAAUUCAAAUAUUAAAACAAACAAAAAUACUUCAUGUAUUUUACAAGAAAUGUAUUUUUUUUGUCGAUCUUAUAAAUGAUAAUAUUUCACCUUGGUACAGAUCCAUUGGUGUGGAAGUCCACAAAAAGUUUUAUCUCUUAAAAACACCCUUUAUUUGUCUACUCAUAAUUUGAGAUUCGACCUAUGUGAUUUCUUAGACUUUUUUUUCAAUUUCAUCAUGAUCAUUAUCAUAACAGUCGAUGGGCGUCCACUGCUGGACGUAGGUCUUUUAUAGGAAUUCUCCCUUAUACCAGUGUUGUGCUCAAUGAAAGAAAACCCGCAGACCAAUAGUCUUAGUUGAAGAUUUGCUGACUCGCAAUCGAAAAGUCGCUUUCGAGAAAGAAACACUUAAACAUCACUGUAACAUGGAUAUUAUUGGGAUAACAAUAAAGCUCAAAUUUGCCUACACCUCUUUAGCUAGGGCUUUUGCAAAACAAAAAUCAGAAGUUUAAGAUUUGGCCCAUUUUUCUUUGACGAUACAAAGGACUCGAAAACGAUGUUCGAUUGCCUGCGAGCAAAUCUUGUACUAAAGCUAGUUGGCCCCCAGUCUGCUAUUACAAUUACAUGUCACACAAAGUACUAAUGAAGUAAUCAAUAAAAACGAUUUAUUUACUUUAAACACUUUUACUCAGAAUUU